AUGAUAGAGCGCCUGCCGGAGAGGGUGGCCAUCGACAUCCUGUCGAAGGCCUACCUCACCUCCCAGCCAUCCGACGGGCCCCUCAUCUGGAGGGAGUAUGGCGGGUGCAAUCCUUUGCGCACCGUGGCCCCCCUCGUGUGCAAGGCCUGGAACGAGCUGAUCCGAAGCCCCGCUGCCGGCAAGGUGUUCUUCAGGCGGGUGCGCAUUGUGGAUGCCUGCAUCCUCCCCCUGCGCCGCUUCAAGCCCGACGCCCUCCUGAGGUGGUUCAAGGAGAGGGCCCGGCUCUACGUCCAGGAGCUGGAGGUGAACCUGAGCUCCUUCUUCUCCAGCCCGCCCGUGCUGGAGCGCGUCUCGCAGCUGCUCUGCGAGCUGAUCGCGGCGGCCCCCGCGCUGCAGGUCCUGCACCUGACGGGAGAGCUGGAGCUGGACCGCGUGUUCGACGCCAUGCCCGCCACCCCCGGCGCGCUGGGCGCGCUGCGCUCGGUGCACCUCGCGCGCGGUGGCGCGGGGAACUGGGGCGUGGCCUCCUGCGUGGCGGCGCUGGCCUGCGUGCCCUCCCUCACCCAGCUCCAGGUCAUCUUCCGGUCGGACCUGGAGGAGCCGCCGCCCGGCCUGCCCGCCUCCAUCGCCGCGCUGCGCACGCUGCGCCACCUGGCGCUGACCUGGCCCACGCGCAGCGCGCUGCCCCCGGCCGCCCCGCUCCCGGACGGCCUGGGCGACCUGGCGCAGCUGACCACGCUGCAGCUGCGCCGCGUGCCCGCCACCUGCGUGCCCGGCUGGCUGGGUCGCCUGGCGGGCCUGCGCCACCUCUACUGGGACCUGUGCCUACCCGCCGACGUCCCCGCCACCCCGCCCCCAGGCCUGGACGCGCUCACCGGCCUCCGCACGCUCUACAUCGACCUGGCGCCGCCGCUGGCCCUGGCGCCAAGCCUGGCCGGCCUCCGCACGCUGGUCAUGGUGGGGCACGCUGCGCCUGACGCCCCCGACCAGGACUGGGACUGGCUGGCGCCCUUCACCAAGCUCCGCUCCCUGCGCAUACAGGGCGGCGGCAUGCGCACGCUCCCCCCCGUGCUGCGCGACGCGACGACGCUGACGCGUCUGUCGCUGAACAACAACCGGCUGUCGGACCUGCCCGACGGCCCCUGGCUGGCAGGCGUCACCGCCCUGCACCUGGGCAGCAACCGCUUCGGCGCCUUCCCGCGCGCGCUGCGCUCCGCGCGCGCGCUGCAGUCCCUGCACCUGGCCAACCAGAGGGACGAGGGCGGCGCGCUGCGCCGCGGCACGCCGGAGCUGACGCUGGAGGCCGCCGACGUGGCCGCGCUGUGCACCCUGCCGGCGCUGCGCCUGGUGGUGCUGGCCCAGGCCCAGCCGCGCGUACGCGGCGCCGCGGCCGCCGCGCCGCUGGACUACUCCUGGCUGCAGCGCGCGCUGGCGGCGCGGCGCGUGCGCCUGACCAGCAACGAGCUGGCCUUCGAGCUGGAGAGCCUGCCCAUGUUCGACACGCCCCACGUGGGCUGGGCGGGGAGCGUGAACACGCUGUGA